GUUUUUAUUUUUGAAGGCGUUUUUGGUGCAUCCAAUCAAUCUUUUGAACACCGGAUCCGCGCUCAUCUUCUGGAAAAUUACGACAAGACCGUUCGGCCAGUUUUAGGCAACAAAUCCGUGGAGGUUUCGUUCGCCAUGAGAAUAAGCAGACUUGUAAGAGUGGUAAGUGGAGAAAACUAAUAGAAUCGCUAUUUGCACAUCUCCCAUAAGCUACAGUAAAACGGUCUACAAAAACGUGCAAUAUUGAUUUACAACAUUGCAGCAAAACGAGUUGGAUAGCAAGGCUGCGCGUGUUAUUACCCACGAAAACAAACUCUGCAACCUCACUUGUUGCAAGACAGGUGCGAACGUGGGUGGAAAAACGCGCAAUAUCGCUCAGUAAACUCGUUUUGCAGCAAUGUUGCAAAACAAGUUGCACGUUUUAUCAUACCUAUUUUUUGCAUAACAAGAUAGAGAUAGAUAGAUAGAUAGAUGCUUUAUUGUCUUAAUACCUUGCAGCCAUAGGCUGAAUUACGAAAGACAUUACAAUAAAAGGACAUUAAAAUAAAAAAAAAUUAUUUAAAAUAUAACAAUAAAAAGGUAAAAAGUAUAAAAUUGCUACUAUAACUAACUAAUUAAACACUACUAAGCGCAGAAAACGUGACUAAAAAUGAAAGCAUUGUCUUCAAUUUCUUUUGGGACGGCUGAAAUAUACAGGGGAAAUUAAACAAAGUUUCUGCAAAGUUUAGGGGGCGAGGCAAACAACGUCAUGAGCAAACUAUUUUUUGAAGAAAUAUUGCAGUUUUAUUUAUUAGAUAACGAUAUUUUUAAAAUGAACAUCGUCUUAUCAUGGGACUUAUUUACUCCUUUUUGACCCUCACAGGAUACCAGGGAACAAACAGUUGUUUUGGAUACUUGGGUUAUACAGGUAGGGAACAGCUUCGCACGUUCGCUUGGCGACAAAAAACGCUUACUGCCCUAUAGACAUGAUAGAAGUAAUUAUCCAUUCACGUCUGACUGUUUUUAGAAUGUUAGGGUCAGAGCGGAUGCCCUGGUUAGGGUAUAGUGUCCUUGAAUUGUCCUUAACUGUUUUACAUAUCGCCGCUAAAAGCUGACACCUCAGAAUACGGAUAUAACGUCGAGAUUGUAACUUGAAAUUGGUUUUUUUUUUUCAGACUUGGACAAAUGAAUUCCUCAAGUGGAAUAUAAACAGCUUUGGAGGUUUUCAUCGCGUGCAGUUUCUUCCCGAAGAGAUCUGGGUACCGGAUAUCUCGCUUUUUAACAAGUAAGUGCCCUUAUAAUUUAUAAUUAUAGCAAUUUUCAUUGUGCUUUGCAAAGCAAAUUGGUUCUUCUAGACGUGUCGAUAAGGCGACAUGCUAAAGUGGUGAUCAUUUCACUGAAUGGUACGGCAGAAGCAAUACCUGCACUUCCUGUCCUGUUCAGUUGUUGACAAAAAACGUUGGUUCCAACUAUUGCUGUUUUUACUGCUGUUCAAAGAGGGUCAAGUUAAAUAGCCAGUGUUCCCUACAUUGAUAAGUUUUGUUGUAACAAGUAUGGCUAGAUGUGUUCUCAGUCCUUUCGUCGGGUUGUUCCUUUUCAAGGGUGAAAACUGAUCUUUACAAGCGGCACUUGUCAAACAAGUUCAAUCAUCCUCGAAGGUUCUCGGAGAACAAGUCUUGAAGCCCCUUCAAGAGCCUGUUCCUACAGGUUGGGUUCAUCUGCACCCUUUUGGUGUAGAUAUCCAUUUUCACUGGUCCUUACUACGGCACCUUCAAUUGUUACACGUGUUAGACCCUUAACCUAUUGUUUCGCACAGCAAAUGCUUGCAGUCUUACUAGAAAGGACGCGGAUCUCUUAGUCUGUUCUAUAGGUUGGGAUUUUUCCCAAAGGGCUAACACCCUGUCACCUUGACAUUGUUUAUGGUAAGCACUGAAGUACAGCUCAUAUUGGGUACAAGGGAAUUUGGACAGCCAAUGUUACCGCCUUGCUACUGAUAAAAACCUAUAAAUUACUGUCAAAACGACAACUGUAAGGCGGAAUUAACUGUAAGACUGUAUUUAACUAGUGAACCCCGGCCUUUGCGUGUGCAAUUUUCAGGUGUUAUGUUCUUUUCGUGCUAUAGACUACAAACAUUUUAUUCAAUUCGUACUCGUUGGCUUGCGGACAGCAGCUUUAGAUACAACAAUUUAUUGCUAAAGAACUAAAAACUAGCUUUUGCCUUUCAGUGGUGACGAGGGCGUCACAUUAGCUGGGGGAAGAACAAAGUUUGUGACAGAGGUGUCGGUAGAUAAUGAAGGAAACUGCGUAUGGAGCGGACCAGCUACAUUCAAAGCUAAUUGCGAAUUAGACAUUGGCCAGUGGCCAUUUGAUAAGCAGACUUGUGAACUAGGGUUUGGUUCAUUUACGUAUGGAGUUGACAGAAUGGAAAUCAAACUCUUUCAAGACAAAGGCGGUGGACAGUUUACUAGUAAGUUUAUCCAGCAUCUUGAGGAUGUGCCCCGGGCCCCCCGGGAAAAUUGCGAAGUUUUGGUAAUUGACACUCGAAUUAAACCUUAUUUAGACAGGCAGUCCUGAUUGCGAUAAGUAGUCAUUCAUCUCGAGCCAGCAAGACAGGGAGACGGUUAGCCAGUCAGUCAGUCAGCUAGCUAAUUAGUCAGUCAGUCAGUCAGUCAGUCAGCAAGCCUUCCCAUGAGCUGGUCAGUCAGUCAAUCAACCACCCAGCUAGUUAGCCAGCCAACCAUCUAGUCAGUCUGCCAGCCAGCCAGCCAGCCAGCUAGUUAGCGAGCCAGCCAGUCAGUCAGUCAGUCAAAACACCAGCCACCUACUUAACUAGUCAGUCGGUCAGCCCUUUGGUCAUUAAUAAGUAAAGUCAGUCAGUUAUUCAACCAGCUAGCUACUGUAGCAGUAAUGCCGCCCGGAAGCCAGCAGUCUCUCUGUCAGCCAGUUGGUUCAGUCCAGGUAGGUCGGUCAGUCAGUUUGCCGGUUAUGCUUAGUCAGAAAGCGAAUUGAUAAGGAAAUCUAAAAAAGCUUUGUCAUAUGAAACGCUUGACUUUUCUUAUUUUCAGAUCGGUUCGUUACAAAUGGUGACUGGGAUAUUACCAACGUCGCCGCUUCAGUCGAACAGACCGACCACGGCGACUGUUGUCCAUUCAAGUUCAGUGAAGUUGUUUACGACCUGAAAAUGAAAAGAAAGCCUUUAUAUCACCUGUUUUACCUCACCAUUCCCAGCAUGAUGCUUAUGUUCCUGGCCCUAACAAGCUUCCUUAUUCCCGUGGAGAGUGGUGAAAGGAUCGGCUUCGUCACCACCAUCCUAUUGGCUAUGACUGUGUUCUUGCUCCUCAUUCCGUCUUUUCUUCCCGAGACUUCAGAUGGUGUUCCUAUCCUUGGAAUAGGCUUGCAGGCUACUAUGGUCAUCAUAUCCUUGGUUCUCUUUUGUAAUAUCUUCGUUUUAAAGCUGUUCUUCAUGGAGGGACCUCCUCCUAACUGGGUACAAAACCUCUUCUGCUUGUGCCAUGGUAAAAAGGGAAAAAACGUCCAGCGGAUUCACGUCUCUACUGCAGAUUCACAUUCCUCAAAGAUGACUGCUUCUACAAACGCGAUUGAACUCACAGAGCACCCUGAAGGCAUGCGCAGUACGCCAGUGGGAUGGGAGGAAAAACGGGAAGAAUUAACAUGGCAGAAAGUGUCAUGUAAGCUCGAUCACGUGUUUUUUGUGUUCUUUUUUCUGGUUGCUAUAAUAACCUACACCGCGACUUACUUAUCAUAA